AUGGUUCCCCAGGGCGUCAGCGGUUCCAGUAGCUGCUUGGUUCAUGGAAUUCUCACGAUAAUACCGGACGAAACAACAAACUUGGGUCGUUAUCAUCACAAAGGUUAUGAAAUCACACCCAAGGGGAACAACACUUUACGAUGGUUCGUAGAAGUACGCUCGGGGUCAAAAACCGGAAAUCCACCCAAGAGAACAGAUUGGGGGCGUUUUUGCAUUCCUACACUUGUGAAACAUGGUGAACAGAGCAGUCCCCUUCGAGAACAUAGCAAAAUGCACUCCACUCACGUAAAAGCAUUCACAGUUCCUGUGGUGGCGCAUGAAUUCAGAACUAUCCUUAAUGCUGGCAUUCGCAUUAAAAACCGAGCAAGUAACCAUCAGAAAGAUUUGGUGGGAGAUGCAAAUGGUGAUAGCUGGAAAACCAGUGAUAGCAUUAGCAUCGGCAAUUUUGUACUACUUCCUGGUCAACAGCCGCUCCGGACUUUAUUAGCAGAAAGGAGCCACAACUUUCUUCACUAUUGUGACCAUUUUCUGGAUGAGGCGGUUCGAAUCCCGAUGCCUUCCUCUGGUGGUUCCGGGAAUUGUGGAUCAGUCAUACUUUCAUCAUGCAGCUCAUUUGUUCGUGUACCACCAACUUCAGCCUCGGAAGCAUGUUCUGAAUUAUCCGGACUGUCCAGGGAGGACGAAGCUCCCUCUGGAACAACCAAUGGCGGGUUAUCUUUUGGCUCCUCCACGUUGCAAGCAAAACCGUUAAAUCUGGCGGGUUCCAAAAGAACGCGGGUAUCCGUUAGGCACUCCACGGUUGACGAAUAG